AGCCCCAAAGACGUUAGCCUUUCAACUGACUCCCAAAAGUCCACAACCUCCUCCUCCUCCUCGCUUUCCAUUGCUAAAAAGAAACCCCUAAGAAACCGUACCAAUAACAUGAUACAAACACAAAAAUAAAAUAAAUCCCAUUGCUUUGACUUCACUUCUACUCCACAGCUCCACCAGUAACCUUUAAAAAUGUACCAACUCCCCUGCUGACACAGAUAUACCAGACUGCCAGGCCGACCUCUCCAACUAUAACAAAAACAGAACCUUCUUCCCAAAACCCCCAUAAUCAUUGCCUCUGCUGGCCUUAAUUCAGCUGACAGCUUAGCUCCAACAAUCCUCCCAUUGCUAUAAUCCACAACUUUUCCUCAUCAAUUCCAUUUUCCCCUUUCUGGAUUGAAAGCAAACCAUGAGCUUAGCUGCCCCUUCUGCUUCACCUUCGGUGAAGCCUUCCAGAGGGAAACUGCCCUACUCCAUCGUCUUUAUAGUCCUCUGCAGCUUUGCCUUUGUUGCCCUUUUGUAUGCGGACUCUUCUUGGGCCUUCUUCAAGGUCAAGUCCUGUUCCAGAAAAAACGGCGGUGCUAGAAAAUCAAAACAUCGGAAUUCGGAUCACGACGAGGCGAGAAACUCUGUGAUCGACGAUCGGUUCGAGUUCGACCCGGAAGAAUGCAGCGUUAACACGGGGAAAUGGGUGUUUAACAAGACAAUCAAGCCUCUCUACACUGAUAGAAGCUGCCCGUACCUUGACAGGCAAGUUUCCUGCGUGAAGAACGGUCGCCCGGAUUCUGAUUAUCGACACUGGGAGUGGCAGCCAGAAGAUUGUACCCUUCCAAGAUUUGAUGCAGAGGUUGCGCUGAAGAAACUGAGAGGUAAAAGGCUGAUGUUCGUGGGCGAUUCUUUACAGAGAGGGCAAUGGCAAUCAUUCGUGUGUUUGGUUGAAUGGAUCAUUCCUCAAGAUAAGAAGUCGCUGAAAAGAGGAGACUUUCAUACAGUCUUCACUGCCAAGGAAUAUGAUGCGACGAUUGAAUUCUAUUGGGCUCCGUUUUUGGUAGAGUCGAACACAGACAGACCAAUCAUAGGGGACCCAAAGAAGAGGAUAAUAAAAGUGGAUUCAGUGGCUAAACAUGCCAAGAACUGGAUAGGCGUCGACAUUCUCGUCUUCAAUAGCUAUGUUUGGUGGAUGAGUGGUCUCACUCUCAAAACCCUUUGGGGUUCAUUUGCAAAUGGGGCAGAAGGGUAUGAAGUGUUGGACACCCCAGUUGCUUACAAAGUAGGAUUGAGGACUUGGGCCAAUUGGAUUGAUUCGAACGUUAAUCCCAACAACACUCGAGUCUUCUUCACUACCAUGUCCCCUACCCACACAAGGAGUGCGGAUUGGGGCAAGUCGAAUGGGACGAAAUGCUUCAACGAGACGAGGCCUGUGAUGAAGAGGCAUUUCUGGAGCACUGGCUCUAACAAGCAGAUGAUGAGCAUGGUUAAUGCAGUAACGGGAAGGAUGAAAGUUCCAAUAACUUUUCUCAACAUAACACAGCUCUCGGACUACAGAAUAGAUGCUCACAGCUCGAUUUAUACGGAGACCGGAGGGAGGUUGCUAACCGAAGAAGAGAGAGCCGACCCAAUGCAUAAUGCAGAUUGCAUUCACUGGUGUCUUCCUGGUGUACCUGAUACUUGGAAUCAAAUAUUUCUAGCACAUUUGUAGAUCAUAGGACCAAAAAAAUGGCGUCGUGGAGUAAAAGGAAAACAGAAAAGAAAUUGGGCAACCAUCAUUGUAUUUCUGGUACAAUUGUACACAUAGAUUCUUCUAUUCAUGAACACAAUUUUUCUUUUCUAUAGAUGGCAACAAUCAUAGGAAGGGAAAAUAAUCACAAGCAUUGGUACCCGCCAGAAUUCCAGCUAAUUAUGGCCAACUUUUCAAAUUAAUGGACAAAUUUGGCCCAAAAUUUAUGUUGGUUGUUAAAACUAACGGACAAUGAUUUUUUCCGUUAGUGACUCAGCAUCCCAGGAUGAAGUGGCAUCCACAUCAUUUUUUUAUUAAAAACAAAAAAACCAAUUUUUUAUAUAACAAAGAAAAUAAAUAAGAAUAUUGAGAACCAUUCAUUUCUUAUCUUCUUCUUCUUCUCUAAAAAUCGUUGUCGGCUGCUCCUUCCAUCACGCUACCGCCCUCUACUCUGUUAACUCCACCGUCGGACAUGCCAUCAGAUCCAAAUCCCGCUUCCUCUAAGCCUCGACCACCCCUCAAUUUCUCCUCUAAUUGCGUGUGGUUCUUCCUUCAUCAACCACCCAUCUUUUGAUUCCCUAUACCACCCUCUAAUGGAAGAUCCUCAGUGCCGCCCUCUGAUGGAAUCGGUCGGGUUUAAGAUUGUAAUCAAAGGUGAUAUUUACAGGAACUGGGCGGCGAAACGGAGCCGCGUGAUGGUGAAGGAAAAGAGGUCGAAUUUGACCCUCGAUUUCAUCUCCUUCUUUGGCAGUGUCCUCGUCUGUGGAGGAGGUUGUGGGAAGGGGGCAAUUAUCCCAAGUCGGAUCCAUCCAUCUGUGUCGAUCUCCACAUGUUCUUCAGUAGAUCGGUAGCCUACCGACCGUUCGUCUCCCGCACACGUUCGUCUCGUCACCCUCGAUGGCCUGUCCACUGUUAUGUUUUCGGGACGCCAAAAAAUUGUUGAGAGCAACCUUGUCAAUGGUCUCAAAAUGGAAAGAAGUAUCGAGAUGCAAAGCUGGCCGAAUUACAAGAAAACUUACCUUAUGUGUCGCUCGAGCAAGAUGGUAGGUGUUCAAAUCAAAGACGAACAGAGAUGGAAAGUGUACAACGGCUAGUUGGUGAUCAGUAUAAAAGACGAGCAGAGAAGAAAGCAACUUAACCUUUUCGAGAGAUCAAAACCAAGAAAUAGCAAGGAAGAGCUAUAGUGUUUUGAUAAGAAAAGUUAGGUCGAGAAUUCGGGGAGAAUCUCGGAAGAGAAGGGUUGGGGAAACUGAUAGCGUCGUAUUUACACAUGUUUUAACUCUUGUUUCCUGACCAUUUUAGCUCGAAUUUGUUGUUCCUUGGCCUAUUUUAUGCUAGGUUGUGUUGUUUUGUCGUAUUUCAGGUCCUAGCAAGUAAAGAGGUGCAUAAGCG